UCCCUAUCCUCUCGAACCACGAAAGUCCUCUUGGAGAUCAUUCUGCGAAGUUCCUUCGUUCAGCGGAAACGAAACCUCCCAAAAUGUUCAAGGCUCUGGUUCUUGUCAUGUUCUUCGCUUUGGCUUACGCCGAAGAAGUUGCUCAAGAUGCAAAGGCUGAAGACCUGCAGCCAGAAGAGUCUGCCCUAGUGACCAAGACCGUGUCCUAUGGAUCCCCUUAUGCCUACCCCUACGCCCCCUACGCUCAUGGCUUCCGGUAUUCCUCCCUCGAAGACCCAUUCUACCCGUCCUAUGGAUACCGUAGCUACGUUGCUCACACUCCCUACGUGGCUCACACUCCCUACGUGGCUCACUCUCCCUUCUACAGAAACUACGGAUAUGGAAGUUCUUUCUACCCAUACGCCAGGGCUUCCUACUAUGGAGGCUACCCCUACGUCUACUGAACUUGAUGAGACCCAGACCGUCCUUUCCCGCCCGGAUCUCAUCGAAAACUGCCACUCCUAUCCUGCUCAAUGUCAUUUCGGGAAAAUCCAUCUUCUCCGGUCAUUCCAUCUUGAUACAAUAAAGUUUGGAGCAAUGUUUCGCACA